AUGUCCUCCUCCAGCAAGAAGGCAAUCUCCCGGGCAGGCCUGCAGCACCUGGCUCCCGCGCACCCCCUCAGCCUCCCUGUGGCAAACGGCCCCGCCAAGGAGCCCAGAGCGACUCUGGACUGGAGCGAGAACGCUGUGAACGGGGAGCACCUGUGGCUGGAGACCAACGUCUCGGGAGACCUGUGCUACCUGGGCGAGGAGAACUGCCAAGUCCGGUUUGCACAGUCUAGGGUUUUGAGAGACUGCUUAGUCUGUAAACAGCUGGUUCAAACUGCCAUCCUUUUAUGAGUUAGUCAGCAAAAUUUUACAUGUGAACCUGUACAUAGACCAGGAGGCUGUCGGUGUCCAAGGACUAAUUUUGUGCGUCACCACUGGGUGCACAGGCGGCGGCAGGACGGGAAGUGUAAGCAGUGCGGUAAGGGCUUCCAGCAAAAGUUCUCCUUCCACAGUAAAGAGAUUGUGGCUAUCAGCUGUUCCUGGUGCAAGCAGGCGUUUCACAAUAAGGUGACCUGCUUCAUGCUGCACCACAUUGAAGAACCCUGCUCCCUGGGGGCCCAUGCAGCUGUUAUUGUCCCGCCCACCUGGAUCAUUAAGGUGAAGAAGCCUCAGAACUCCCUGAAGGCUUCGAACCGGAAGAAGAAGAGGACAAGCUUUAAAAGAAAAGCCAGCAAAAGAGGAACAGAACAGGAAAACAAAGGUCGUCCUUUUGUGAUAAAGCCCAUCUCCUCUCCUCUCAUGAAACCCUUGCUUGUGUUUGUAAACCCCAAGAGUGGAGGCAACCAGGGAACCAAAGUCCUGCAGACAUUCAUGUGGUACCUGAAUCCACGGCAAGUCUUCGACCUUUCUCAGGAAGGGCCCAAAGAUGCGCUCGAACUGUACAGGAAAGUUCCCAAUCUGCGGAUCCUGGCCUGUGGUGGGGACGGAACGGUGGGCUGGGUCCUGUCCAUCUUGGAUGAGCUUCAGCUGAGCCCCCAACCGCCUGUCGGGGUCCUUCCUCUGGGGACCGGGAACGACCUGGCUCGUACGCUCAACUGGGGUGGGGGCUACACGGAUGAGCCUGUUUCUAAGAUCCUAUGCCAAGUAGAAGAUGGGACGAUUGUACAGCUUGAUCGCUGGAACCUCCACGUGGAAAGAAACCCAGACCUGCCUCCAGAAGAACUUGAAGAUGGUGCAUGUAAGCUCCCGCUAAAUGUGUUCAAUAACUACUUCAGCCUUGGAUUUGAUGCUCACGUCACACUGGAGUUCCACGAAUCCCGAGAAGCAAAUCCAGAGAAAUUUAACAGUCGUUUCCGAAAUAAAAUGUUUUAUGCAGGGGCAGCCUUUUCCGAUUUCCUACAGAGGAGUUCUAGGGAUCUAUCCAAACAUGUUAAAGUUGUCUGUGACGGGACCGACCUCACCCCAAAGAUCCAGGAGCUAAAGUUCCAGUGUCUCGUAUUUUUAAAUAUACCCAGAUAUUGUGCUGGCACAAUGCCCUGGGGAAAUCCAGGAGAUCACCAUGACUUUGAGCCUCAGCGCCAUGAUGAUGGCUAUAUUGAAGUCAUUGGAUUCACCAUGGCCUCUCUGGCUGCCCUGCAAGUGGGGGGCCAUGGGGAGCGGCUGCAUCAGUGCCGGGAAGUCAUGCUUCUGACGUACAAGUCCAUCCCCAUGCAGGUGGACGGGGAGCCCUGCAGGUUGGCCCCGGCCAUGAUCCGGAUCUCCUUGAGGAAUCAGGCCAACAUGGUACAGAAAAGCAAGAGGAGAACCUCCAUGCCUUUACUCAAUGACAUCCACCAGGUGCAGUCUGCGGACCUGCGCAGAGUGUCGGCUCCCCCGGGCUCCUUCGCCAUUCCCCAGUCUGUCCCAGACCGCCUGCGGAUCCGAGUGAACAAAAUCAGUUUACAAGACUAUGAAGGAUUCCACUACGACAAGGAGAAGCUCCGGGAAGCUUCCAUCCCUCUGGGCAUUCUUGUCGUCCGUGGAGACUGUGACUUGGAGACGUGCCGCAUGUACAUAGACCGCCUGCAGGAGGACCUGCAGUCUGUUUCUUCUGACUCCCAGAGAGUUCAUUACCAGGACCAUGACAGCUCCUUCCCCAGGGCCCUCUCAGCUCAGAGGCUCUCCUCACGGUGGUGCUUCCUAGAUGCAACUUCUGCUGAUCGCUUUUAUCGAAUAGACAGAUCUCAGGAACACUUGCACUUUGUGAUGGAGAUUUCCCAAGAUGAGAUUUUCAUUCUGGACCCAGAUAUGGUGGUAUCCCAGCAGACGGGGACACCCCCGGGGAUGCCUGACCUAGUAGUGGAGCAGGCCUCAGGGAUGUCAGACUGGUGGAAUCCUGCCCUUCGGAAGCGUAUGCUGAGUGACAGUGGGCUGGGAACGAUCACUCCACAUUACGAGGACUUGAACGGGAAGGAUCUCAACCACUCCCGCGUGCUUCAGUCACCGGUGUCUUCAGAAGACCACGCCAUUUUGCAGGCAGUAAUAACUGGUGAUCUUAUGAAGCUAAUAGAAAGCUAUAAAAAUGGAGGCAGCCUGCUGAUCCAGGGACCAGACCACUGUUCACUCCUUCACUACGCAGCUAAAACCGGCAACGGGGAGAUUGUGAAAUACAUCCUUGACCACGGGCCUUCUGAGUUACUGGAUAUGGCCGACAGCGAAACGGGUGAGACUGCGCUGCACAAGGCCGCCUGCCAGCGGAACCGGGCCGUGUGCCAGCUCCUGGUGGACGCGGGAGCAUCCCUGAGAAAGACCGACUCCAAGGGUAAGACUGCUCAAGAUCGAGCACAGCAGGCUGGGGACCUGGAUUUGGCUGCUUACCUAGAAAGCCAUCAGAACUAUAAGAUCAUUGGCCAUGAGGACCUGGAAACUGCCGUUUGA